CUAGUCGAACAAACGUAAUGACGUUCGAGGGGCGUAUCUCUGUUGCCCGGUGGAUGACAGUGGGACGAACCGGAGCGAGGAAGGGGGAAGACAUAGCAACAUCCGGGAUCCUGGCAGGAAUUAGCGGUCAAGAUUUUGUGUAUACGUUGCACAUAGCUACACAACUUUACUCAGAAUAUAACGUCUCCGCAACCAGCUCUACGUCUACACUACAAAGUCUAGUUGUAAUUUUAGCUUUAUCUCUGAAAGACGUCACCAACAUACAUGUGUUUUCAUGAAGAGGGUGGAGAAGCCAGAGGGAUACAGGCAAAUGAGGCCCAAAACAUUCCCAGCAAGCACAUAUACUGGCAAUAGCAGACAGAUGCUGCUGGAAAUCCGUGAAAGCCUCCGUCAUCUUCCUAAACCAUCAGAUGCUGCAAAGGUUGAACAACCGCCUGCCAAAACUGAAGAUCCAAGGCAAGGAAGGAACCCACCCAAGUUUGUCACAUAUCAUAAAGCCCUGGCUGAGAUUCGCAACUCCCUACAGCCUUUUGCUAAUUCCUCAAAUUCAACUCAGAGAGGAGGAAAUGAAGUCAAUAGAAAAAUGCUUCAUGAUCUGCAGACUGCUGGAUUUGAUGAGGUAGAGCUGGAUAUGGUGGUCCGAGCCUUACAGCAAACAAACAGUCGUAGCAUUGAAGCUGCAAUUGAGUUUAUGAGUUAUCAAGAACCCUAUCGAGAGCCACAAGUUGCUGCUGCAUCAAGACCCCUGAACGCUGGCAUGAAACCUCAAGGCAACAUCCAGCAUUCUGUGAAUCGCAGACAGAGCUGGAAGGGUUCAAAGGAGUCCCUGGUUCCACAGAGACACAUUUCACCCUUAUCUGAUAGUGUUAUCUAUGGUGGAUCAGAAAUGCCUGGAUCCCAGUCAGAGAUGGGAAGGCCAUUAUCUGGAUCAGGCCUUCCAGCCUUUGCUCAACAGAUUCCAGUCAAUGGACAUAGAGUGAACCCACCUCCUCCACCACAAGUAAGAAGUGUUACACCACCACCACAACCUCCUCCUAGAGGAACUACUUCAUCACCACAGUCUUGGGAGCCCAACUCCCAAACAAAGCGUUACUCUGGUAAUAUGGAGUUUCUUGUUUCCCGCAUUUCCCCAAUACCACCUGGAGGUUGGCAAGAGGGAUAUUCAUCUUCUAAUAUUAACUCUGCACAAAUGAUGAACCCACAGCCUCAGCCACAGAGACCUAUGAAUGCUGUACCUGUUGGAAGACAACCCAUUAUCAUGCAAACAUCUGGCAACAGCAAGUUUUUUUCGGGGAGAGCUGGCAUUCAGAACGGUAAUGGACAAACUGAAUAUUUAACACAUCAAGUGGGUAAUGGUGUUGGAAGACCACAACCUCCACCUUAUAUGUCAAAUGGUCCAAAUAAUAGUGCGUUGCAGAUGCAAGGCAAUAAUGUACCAAUGUCCACUUCUGCUUAUAAUAAUGGUAAUUUGCCACAGUCUGUACUAGUACCAAAUAGAAAUAGUCACAACAUGGAGCUAUACAACAUGAGUAUUCCAAACCAUCCAACUUCUUGGUCUCAGUCCACCUCUACGCAGUCACCUCCUGGGAAUCAUGAGAUGCCAUCAUGGCAGAAUAACAUUCCGGUUAGGUCCAACUCUUUCAAUAACCCAAUGGCAGUUCGCCAAGUGCAUUCUAGUAAUUCACAAGCUUCUGCUACAACUGUGACUGCAAUAACUCCUGCCCCUAUACAGCAACCUGUAAAGAGCAUGAGGGUUUUAAAGCCAGAACUUCAGACUGCACUGGCACCAGCACAUCCAUCAUGGGUAACCCAAAAUGUGCAAGGAGGGCUUUAUUCAGAAGGAAUGCCUCACAACAAUCCUCUGUUGCCUACACAAACGGAAGCCCCAAAUUACCAAGGACCACCACCACCGUACCCAAAGCACUUGCUCCAGCAAAAUUCUCCCAGUUAUGAAACUGGCCAAAAAUCCAACAAAGAUGAUCUGUCUCCUGGAACUUCUAAUUCUCAGGAAGAAGGAGAAAAGGCAUCUGAAUCAACUGUGGAAACCACUGAGAAAGAGAAGAAACAAAUAACUACGUCCCCUGUGCCAGUCAGGAAGAACAAGAGAGAUGAAGAGAGAAGGGAGUCUCGCAUCCAGAGCUACUCACCACAGGCUUUUAAGUUUUUCAUGGAGCAGCAUGUUGAAAAUAUUCUAAAAUCUCACCAUCAAAGAUUGCACCGCAAGAAGCAGCUGGAGAGCGAGAUGAUGCGAGUGGGACUGUCAUCGGAUGCUCAAGACCAAAUGAGGAAGAUGCUAUGUCAGAAGGAAUCGAACUACAUACGACUUAAGAGAGCUAAGAUGGACAAGUCCAUGUUUGUAAAGAUCAAGACUCUCGGUAUCGGUGCCUUUGGAGAAGUUUGCCUAGCCAAAAAAAUAGAUACCAAUGCUUUGUAUGCAAUGAAAACGUUAAGGAAGAAAGAUGUCCUAUUACGCAACCAGGUAGCCCAUGUCAAGGCUGAAAGAGACAUCCUGGCGGAGGCAGACAAUGAGUGGGUUGUACGACUGUACUAUUCAUUCCAAGACCGAGACAACUUGUACUUUGUUAUGGAUUACAUUCCAGGUGGAGAUAUGAUGAGCCUUCUGAUUCGUAAGGAAGUCUUUCCUGAGGAUUUGGCCCGAUUCUACAUAGCAGAGCUCACAUGUGCAGUUGAGAGUGUUCAUAAGAUGGGCUUUAUUCAUCGUGACAUCAAGCCUGACAACAUCCUUAUUGAUCGAGAUGGCCACAUAAAACUCACCGAUUUUGGUUUAUGUACUGGUUUUCGGUGGACUCAUGAUUCAAAAUAUUAUCAAAGUGGUGACCACCUACGACAAGAUAGCAUGGAUUUUAGUAAUGAAUGGGGAGAUCCAACAAAUUGCCAUUGUGGUGACAGGCCGAAACCACUUGAGUGGCGCGCAGCGAAACAGCAUCAGCGCUGCUUAGCACAUUCUCUUGUUGGGACCCCGAAUUACAUUGCACCAGAGGUUUUAUUGCGUACAGGAUAUACACAGCUUUGUGAUUGGUGGAGUGUGGGAGUUAUACUUUAUGAAAUGCUUGUUGGAAAAGCUCCUUUUCAUGCAAGUUCGCCACUGGAAACGCAAAUGAAAGUAAUCAAGUGGCAGACAGCAUUACACAUUCCCCCUCAAGCUAAUCUAUCGCCAGAAGCUUCUGAUCUAAUUGUCAAACUGUGCCGAGGCCCUGACGAUCGUUUAGGCAAGAAUGGAGUCGAUGAGAUUAAAGCUCAUCCAUUUUUCAAGACUAUAGACUUUUCUAGUGACUUGCGUCAGCAGCCUGCUUUGUAUAUUCCCACCAUAACGCACUCUACGGACACUUCCAACUUUGACCCAGUAGAUCCAGACAAACUCUGGAAUGAUGAAGACAAAGAUGGAAAUAAAAAUGAUACCCUAAAUGGCUGGUACAAAAAUGGCAAACACCCUGAACAUGCAUUCUAUGAGUUUACUUUUAGGAGGUUUUUUGAUGAUAAUGGACACCCAUACAACUACCCCAAACCUUUUGAAAAUGAUUAUGAUGACACAAAGGACGAUGGCUACAAGCAAACUGAUGCUGAACAGAGUAAUAAUGUUGGGAAGAGGCCACCAAACAGGGAUUUGGUUUAUGUAUAGAGUCAACACAUGCAUUUAUAAAGUCUUUCAAAUCCUGUGGUUUGUUUUGAAAGGCCUGUAUAAGUAGCUGGAUUCUGCUACAUUGGAAGCCUCUGAAAAAACAAAUCUGUGAUUUGAGCGCAGUCGCUAGUGGUGAAUUCAGACUUCAGCAAGAGAUAUAAUUUAAGCAGUAGUUGUCAAUGGCCAUUACUGAAAACUAAUGCUGGAGUUUGUGGCCACUGACUUAAAAACUAGAGGAGGACUUUUUUUUUUCUUAUCAGAGCACCUUGUUUUUACCUUCCUUUUUUUUUUUUUUUUUUUUUGCUUUCAAAUUACUUUUUUUUGGGCACACAGUAGAGUUAUUAAUGUACUGGAAAGUCUAACUUAAUUUUAAGCUGCAAAGGUACAAAUUUGCAAGACAAUGAUGGACAUUUAUGUAAAAAAAGUUACAUUAAGCCUCUUUAACAGCUAUAUAUCAAUCCUAUUUAUGUAAUUGCAAUAUUUAUAAACCAUUGUAAAGAAUAUUUGAAUUGAUAUAUUUGAUGUGGCUCUUCUAAGAAGAUGAGGCAGUAAGAUGCGCAGGUCAUUAUAGCUAAACACAACACUAACUUCUACCAACAGAUUCGAUUAGAUGUAGCUAAAUUCAAAGUCCACCCAAGACUGAUAUUUAGGCUGAUUUGGCUUUUACCAUCCCAUGCAUUUUCAACUAGAGUAAACUAGUUCUUGUGAUCUAAAUCCUAUAAAGAUGGCAGCUACUCUAAAGCAUAAGUUCACCUUUAGCUUAGCCACUUAAACUAGAAAAGGAGCACAGUUUAAAUGGGCUGCGGUGGCUGCUAUGGGGCGCACACUUGUAGCCCCCAGCACAUCCUGCAACCGACAGGAUAGAGGGGCAAUGAGGGGGCCAGUGGUUCCUGCAGAGGGGCCCCUUUUAUGGCUGCAUAUGCAAUUGCAAGCAGGAGCAACAUUUUAAAAUAGGAAGCACUGGUAUGUACUAUAAAGGGGAUCUGGAACUGCAUAGGGGGCUUUUUAUAAAAUGUUGCUAAAGGUGAACUUGCACUUUGAAUGAGGUAGAAGGCAUGAGCUUCAUUUAUGGGGAACUUGCUCCAUUAGACCAAGGAUGGUAUCAGUAGCUAGCAGCUGUUUCAGUCUACUGGCAUUCACCCAGUACUGAAUUCUCACUUUUGGGUGGAUUUUUAGCUUGGUACAGAUUUGUACA